AUGUCAGAUGCAAAGCCCCGCACCUCAUUAAGAUCAUAUUGGCAUACUCUCCUAAAAAAAGAGCAGACCCCGUUGAAGACGGGAGUGAGGUACAACAAGGCCAUUUCCGUCCACCUUCUCACGGAGCCGUACGUGGACGUUACCGCUCAUACAGCUCCCAGCCAGCAAGUAGUUAGCUUUCCUCUAGAAGUCAUGGAAGUGUGGAUAAAUCGACAGAAGGUUUUUAUUUCUUAA